AUGGACAAGUCUUGGAUAACAAAACACCGUUUAUCUCAAGACUACAUAAAUGGAGUCAAAGAGUUUUUGGAUUUUGCUUUUGGUUAUAGUAAGACAGAUAUGAUCAAAUGUCCUUGUCAGCGUUGUUUUCUUGUUAAACACAAGAAUAGGACUGAGAUUGAGGGUGAUUUAGUCUGUCACGGUUUUCUGCCUACGUAUACAAAUUGGUAUCUCCAUGGUGAAGAACUGGAUUUUCAAGAGCAAGAAGUGAGACUAGAACAUGAAUCUGAUGAUGAUCAUGUUGAAAACCCGACUAUGAAUCUGCUUGGAGAUGUUUUUCCAAGUAUGAGUAAUAGUUUUAACGAUGAUGCUGCUAGUAUGCCUACUAUGGAGGAUCAUUCAAAGCAAAAUGAGGUGUUUGAUGAUUUGCUAGCAGACUGCAAUGAAGCUUUGUAUGAAGGGUGUCACUCUUUUAGCAAGUUAUCAUUCAUGCUCAAGUUGUAUCACAUCAAGUGUAUAACUAGAAUCAGUGACAAAGGAAUGUCAAUGAUACUCGACCUUUUGAAAGAAGCUUUUGAGCAUGCAAAGUUGCCAAAAUCUUUCAAUGAUAUGAAAAAGAUCAUUCGAAAGUUAGGCUUUAACUAUGAAAAUAUUCAUGUCUGUCCUAAUGACUGCAUGCUCUUUUGGGGAGAUGAUGCAUCUAGAGAGACUUGCAAAGUCUGUGAAAGUUCAAGGUGGAAGACAUCUACAGUAGUUGAUGAAACAUUGGAUAAAAAGAAGAAAAAGAAGCAACAAGCUGCUAAAGUGCUUAGAUACUUUCCGCUGAAACCACGCUUGCAGCGUUUCUUCAUGUCAUCCAAGACUGCUAAAUACAUGAGGUGGCAUGCUGAUUCUGAGAAAAAGAUUGGAGUGUUGUUGUUCACGUCCAACCAAGAGACUUGUAUGAUAUGGAAGAUCCUACUAGUUCAGAUGAAAUUCCUCCUCAAGUCGUCAUUGAAGAUCCUCCUAUUCAAAGUUCAAUGA